AUGCCACCAGCCAAAGCUAAAAAGAUAAAAGACGGGAAGAAGAAUCGCAAAGAAAAGGAGAAAGUGGAGAAACAACCAGAAAAUAGUGAAAAAAAUCUUGCACCACCUUCAAUUGGUGAUCGUCGAAGUUCUUCAAGCUCAAUGCGUCGCAAAAGCAACGACGGAAGUUCUAUUAAAGCAAGUGAACGUGGAAAAGGACAUCAAAGUGAUUCGUCAGAUUCAACUGAUGUUAUCUCGUCAUCUGAUGAAGAGGAGCGAUGGAAGGAAAGAAAUCUUAAACAAUCAGAUUUGCCAUCUGAAUAUUGGCACAUUCAAAAGCUGGUAAAGUAUAUGAAAGCUGGUAAUCAAACUGCAACAAUCGUCGCUUUAUGCUGCUUAAAAGAUCACGAUUUGACGACACAAAUAAAUCAAAUUGCUAUUCAAGAAAUUGGUGGACUUGAAGUGCUUGUAAAUCUUUUGGAAAGCAACGACCUGAAGUGUCGUUUUGGAGCUUUGACAGUUCUUUCUGCGAUAUCAACGAACUUGGAUAUUCGACGUUGUGUAGUUGAUCUCGGUGGAAUUCCUUUACUUGUCAAUAUUCUCUCAGAAUCUUCGAAAGAUUUAAAGAUCUUAGCAGCAGAGACGAUUGCUAAUGUUGCUAAGAUUCGCUUAGCUCGAAAACUCGUCAGAAAAUUUGGUGGAAUUCCAAUAGUUGUUGACUUACUAGAUGUCCCUCUUGCUUCUCUUAUAACUCCACGUGAAAAUUUAACACAAAUACAAAAAGAACAAUUAGAUAUGGCAGUGGCCGGUGCAAGAGCUUUGUGGUCAUUGUCAGAGUCACGUCAUAACAAAGAAAUUAUGAGAAUAAGCGGCGUUGUUCCGUUAAUGGCUCGGCUUUUGAAAAGCACACAUAUUGACGUUGCUGUUCCAAUUAUGGGUUGUGUACAGCAAUGUGCUUCACAAGGUAUCUACCAAUUGGCAAUUGCAACCGAAGGAAUGAUCCACAACAUUGUCAUUCACCUUUCAUCUGAAAACUUUGAACUAAAGAUGCAAUGUAGUUCAGCUAUUUUCAAAUGUGCAAGCGAUAAAACUGCUCGAGAUAUUGUUCGUGAAGCGGGUGGAUUGGAAUCACUAGUGGCGAUAAUAAAAGAUAAAUCGAUUCGUGAAAAUAAAGCAUUGCUAGCUGCAGCAACUGGUGCAAUAUGGAAAUGUUCAGGUUCUGCUGCAAAUGUUAAACGAUUAGAUCAAUUGAAGAUCAUGAACAUUCUUGUGCAAUUGUUGAGUGAUGAGAAUGAUGAAGUCUUAACGAAUACUGCUGGUGUCAUCAGUGAAUGUGUAAAAUCUCAAAACAAUCGUGAUUCACUUCGACAAAAUGGUGGCUUAGCUUUAAUGGUGAAUCUACUCAAUGGAACUCAUCCACCAUUGCUAGAGAAUAUUACGAAAGCUCUAACGGAAUGUGCUAACGACCUCGAAAGCAUGGCAGUUAUGGAAGAACUCGAUGCUAUUCGCUUAAUUUGGUCGCUUUUGAAAAACUCUAAUACAAAAGUUCAGGCUUAUGCAGCUCUUGCUCUUUGCCCUUGUAUAAGAAAUGCUAAAAACUCGGGGGAACUAGUUCGAAGCUUUGUAGGUGCUUUGGAACUUGUCGUUGGCCUUUUAAAGUCACGUGACAAUUUAGUUCUUUCUGCUGUUUGUGCUGCAAUUUCUAUUAUUGCAAAAGAUAAAGAGAAUUUAGCAGUUCUAACUGAUCAUAAAGUUAUUCAAAUGCUUGCAAGUUUAGUUUACACAACUGAUGAUUUGCUACGUGAACAUUUAGCAAGUGCGAUUGCAAGUUGUGCACCUUAUGGAAAUAAUACCCAAGAGCUUGAACGUCUAAAAACUGUCACACCCAUAGUUGGUUAUAUGGUUAGUGAAAACUCGAAGGUGCAUCGUACAACAGCGAUGGCAUUACAAAAACUCUCUGAAGAUCCGCAAAAUUGCAUAACAAUGCAUGCAAGUGGUGUUGUUCCCUUUUUACUGAAAACUAUUGGAUCUGAUGACAAAGAUCUUCAAGAAGCUUCAGCUGGUUGUUUGAAGAACAUUAGAGAACUAGCAUUGCGAGCUGAAGAAUUUGCAAUGUUUGGAGAAUAAAACGAAGUGUUUUCAGGAAUAAAAUGAAUCAACAAAUUUAAAUACUG